CUCACGAACAGUGUGCAGGAUUCAAGCUAUAAAAGAUACAACUCGUUCAUGAGAGAAACGAGUUGUCCGCGAUCUUCUCUCCAAUGAUGAACAUGCACCGUUAUUUCUGUUGGUCUUUGCCGAACUUUGUCUUCGCGACGCUUCUUAUCACUUUCAGCGCGGCAGAAGAGAUCUGUGACAAAUCGAAGUGUCCAGGUCCUCUGGCAUACUAUAAAGGCCUCGACUGUAAACCAGUGUAUAAUAAUACCAAUGAUUGCUGUCCUGAAUCAUUUGAUUGUAGCCAUUUAAAAAAUUUGUCUCGGGACAAAUGUUAUGUAAAUGGCAAUGAAUAUAGCAUUGGUGAAUCGUUGAAGGAUGAGGAUGCAAAUGCUUGCGAUAUAGGCUGCAUUUGCGCAGAAGGAUUUUAUGACAGAACGGCCAGAUUUUCGUGUGGAUACAUAUAUUGUCCGUCGUUGGGUCCCAAUGGAAAUUGUUUUUACAAAAAUGAUCAUGACAGCUGCUGUUCAAUAACGCGAGUUUGUUUGAAGGAAGGUGAAAAGAGGGCAACUUGUGAGGUUGAUGGCAGAACUUAUCAAGAAGGGGAACCUUUUCAACCAAAAUCUAAUCCAGAAUUGGAUUGUUACUGCAUGCCAGAUUACAAAGGUGAAAACGUUGCACCCUUCUGUAAGAAAUCAAAUCGCAGUUCCUGCAAUCCUUUAUUCGAUAGACCCUCUGACAUACAUGAAAAAUGUGUGCCCGUCUUUUACUUCGGUCAAAAUCCGCAAACUGAUUGCAAUGUUGGAACUAGAUGUCUAAAUGAAAAGGACACUGUUAUUCAUAAUCACGACACCGAAAAUGACGUGGAAACAGACGAGAGUAAAAUGUGCCGAUUUGGUAAUCUGACGAUGCACAUUGGAGACGAACUGAGCGAGAAUACUAGCUUCGAUUCCUAUUGUAUCAAAUGCGUAUGCGAAGUACCACCGAUUCCAACUUGUAAGCGCCGCGAAGAUAACGAAUGCGCCUUCGAGACAAUUACUGGUCCCAUUAUGGAUCCUAGUGCGCCAGGAGCUGCUUAAGAGUAACUGGUUAUUACGAAUUUUAGUCUUAAUAAAAGGAACGUCAUGUACUUUUGGAAAAUGAAAUGAUAAAGAAUAUUUGCGAUCUAGGCUGCUUAGUUGCAGUUUAGUUACCAGAUUGGCUACUGUUGUACUUAGAUGUAAAUAAUAAUAUCAUACAAAUGUUUUAGCCUCUUAAUUGUUCAAAUUUAAAUUGUAUUUUGUUGUAUAAUAUAAACAAAAACACACUGACAAUUUUAGUGUAUAAUAAAGCACUUUCGUGUACA